AUGUCUUCUCGCGCUUCUGCUAAAUCACCUACUCUAGGAUCCUUAUCCUCUUCGCGCAACCAGCCUCAGAGCCUCGCGCAGGAGCCUGCCAACACUGAGGACUUCGACAUGCCGGACCUCAAGUACGACUCCGAUGGAGAAGAAGCCGAGACAAAAGACAUGCAGAAAAUCGUCAACGAAAACCGACAAGCAAUGGAAAACCUCAACGAGCAACUCCAGCACGCUGGACAGGCCUACAAGAAGCUGGAAGAAGACAUCAAGGGGGACGCCAACCUCCGGAAGAUCCAGGAACUCCAGGGGGAAAUCACCACCCUCCGGGCCGCCGCCAACAUCGUCACCACGCCCGUCCACGGAGGACGACAAAAGCUCAAGCUCAGUGCGCCUGUCACCUACGACGGAACCCCCGGGACCCUCAAAGGAUUCCUGAUUCAGUAG